AUGUUCGAAGAAAAACUCAUCAUAUUUGCAGCUUCUGCAUUAUCCACUGUGGCCAUCGUCGCCUGCCUGAUUGUGGUACCAUCGCUUUACAACGCCAUCAACGAAAUCCACGAUGAGGUCCUUGAAGGAGUUUCGGUUUUCCGUGUUGAAACGGACUCCGCUUGGACACAUUUGAUGGACUUCCAAGGUAUUGUCGCUCCGCCAGCAAAGCCUCGUCAGAAUCCGUUCUCCUCCAUCUUCCGUGAAAGGAGACAGACUGGUCUGCCGUCGUAUUGCCAGUGCACACCUCCAACGGUCAGUUGCCCGCCUGGACCUCCUGGACCUCCUGGUCGGCCUGGAUCACCUGGACCACCUGGAGCACCUGGUCAGCCUGGAGCGCCCGCGACUACUACACCUGCCCCUAUUCAAUGUCCCGCCCCGAGCACCGGUUGUAUUACCUGCCCACCUGGACCACCAGGACCACCUGGGCCAGCAGGAUCGCCAGGAGAUAAGGGAUCCGACGGAAAGCCAGGUAAUGCAGGACCACGCGGUGAUGGUGGACAACCUGGACCUGCUGGACCACCUGGAGAUGCUGGAUCGCCGGGAAGGCCUGGUCCUGAUGGGCAACGCGGACCACCUGGACAACCUGGCACCUCAUCGACUAACACUCCUGGUGGUCCUGGACCCGCUGGGCCACCGGGUCCUCAAGGAAAACCAGGAGGUCCUGGAAGUGCUGGAAGUCCGGGACAAGCUGGUGGUCCCGGACCAGCAGGACAGCCCGGAGCACCUGGCCAGCCUGGACCUGACGGACAACCAGGAACGCCAGGAGGGACAGCCCCACCAGGAGGUGACGCCGCUUACUGUCCAUGCCCACCUCGUUCAGCUGCCUUGGCUGGACGUCGUAUGGCUGUUCGCCACUGA